AUGGUUGUAUUUGUACUAUGGCUACCAGUGCUUUUGCCUCAGGUGACAGGCAAGAUUCCUAAUAUUGAAUGCAGCAUCACUAAUCCCCUUCCUAUUCUUCACAAGUACCACCAGCCAGGAGACCUCAUCAUUGCUGGGAUUAUGUCUCAGAUCUACAUAUUCUUCAACUCAAUAGACUUCAGAAAGUGUCCUUCUAGUGACCUCUUUGACGACAUUGUGAUCAUGACACAGCUCUACCAACACAUCCUGGCAUUAGUAUUUGCUGUAAAGGAGAUCAAUGUAAACCCCCAAAUCUUACCCAACCUCACCCUGGGCUUCCACAUCUAUAACAGUCAGUUCAGCCCAAGCUGGACCUAUUGUGUCUCCUUGGAACUCCUCUCUACAUAUGGCAGAUACAUCCCCAACUACAAGUGUGACCUCCAGAAUAACCCCGUUGCAGUCAUUGGAGGCUCUAACUCUGAAGUCUGUCUCCACAUGGCAACUAUACUGAGCAUCUACAAGAUUCCACAGCUCAUCUAUGGCUCUGCUCCAGUAGGAAAAAUGAAAACUGAAGCUGCUUUCUACCACCAAAUGUUCCCAAAUCUAGACCAUCAGUAUGAAGGGAUUCUCAAGUUAUUGCUACAUUUCAGGUGGACAUGGACUGGUUUGUUGACUGUGAAUGAUGAGAAUGGAGACAGGUUUAUACAGAGCGUGGUUCCAAAAUUUAUCCUAAGAGGAAUCUGCUUUGAUUUCAUGGAAAGAUUUCCAACAAUUACAUAUUCUAGCAGUGUUACAGACGUGGUUACAGAUGGACUCAAGACAUUUAAUAUUGCCAUGAGAAGUACUGUCAAUGUGUUGCUCAUUCAUGGUGAAAUUGAUUCCAUGACACUUUUGAGAGCAGUUCCUGAAAUGUCAGAAUAUGAAGGUAUUCCAAUGAAGGCCAAAGGGAAAGUUUGGGUCAUGACAGUCCAGAUGGAUUUCACAUCACUUCCCUUUCAAAGAGAUCUGGACAUUGACUUCCUCCAUGGUGCUCUGUCCUUCACAAUUCACUCAAAGGAGGUCUUGGGAUUCCAGGAAUUUUUUCAGACGAGAAAUCCCAUCUUGGAAAAAGAAGAUGGCUUUAUGAAGGCGUACUGGGAAAAGGCAUUUGCGUGCGAUUUCCCUGACUCUGGGGAAAAUAUGCAGGAAGGCAAAAUUUGCACAGGGGAGGAGAAGCUGGAGACUCUUCCGGGGUCUAUUUUUCAAGCGAGCAUGACUGGCCACAGCUACAGCAUCUACAAUGCAGUCUAUGCUGUGGCACAUGCCUUGCAUGCCGCACAUUCAUCUCAAUUCAAACACAGAGCAAUCGUGGGUGGAUGAUGGCUGACGUUUUGGAAUCAACAGGUGUGGAAGGCACUGCCCCUUUCUCUUUGUAAUGACAAUUGCCAUUUGGGUUAUAGUCGAACCAAGAAGAAAGGGGAGCCAUUCUGCUGCUAUGAUUGCCUUCCCUGUCCAGAAGGGAAGAUCUCAAACCAGAAGGACAUGGACGACUGUUUGCAAUGUCCAGAGGAUCAGUAUCCAAAUAAUGCCCAGGAUUCGUGCAUUCCAAAAGUCAUAAGUUUCCUGUCUUACGAAGAAGCUUUGGGGAUGACUCUGGCAAUAUUGGCUCUUUCCUUUUCAUUCCUUACAGCUUUAGUGCUUGGCAUCUUUGUUAAGCACCAGGGCACUCCCAUUGUCAAAGCCAACAACCGGAAUCUCACCUACACUCUCCUCAUGUUCCUCCUUCUUGCCUUCCUUUGUGCUUUGCUCUUCAUUGGCCAACCAAAAACGCUGACAUGUCUUCUUCGGCAAACUGCUUUUGGCAUUAUCUUCACGGCAGCUGUGUCUUGUGUUCUGGCCAAAACCACCAUUGUCGUUCUAGCUUUCAUGGCCACCAUGCCUGGGUCCCGAAUGAGGAAAUGGUUGGGGAAGAGACUGGCUGCUUCCAUUGUUCUUGGCUCCUCUCUGAUUCAAACCACUGUUUGCACGGUGUGGCUCUCAACCUCUACCCCAUUCCCAGAUUUCAACAUGCACUCAGCUGUUAAAGAAAUUAUACUAGAAUGUAAUGAGGGCUCAGUCGCCAUGUUUUACUGCGUCUUGGGCUUCAUGGGUUUGCUUGCCACUGUCAGCUUCUGUGUUGCUUUCCCAGCCCAUAAGUUGCCUGAUAGUUUUAAUGAGGCCAAGUUUAUCACCUUCAGUAUGUUGGUCUUUUGCAGUGUUUGGUUGACCUUUGUCCCAACCUAUCUCAGCACAAGGGGGAGAUAUAUGGUUGCCGUGGAGAUUUUCUCCAUCUUGGCCUCCAGUGCUGGGUUGCUGGGUUGUAUCUUUUCUCCAAAGCUCUAUAUCAUUCUGUUGAGACCUGAACUGAACAACAAGGAACAGCUAAGAAGAACAAAACAAUGA